UUUGUUUUUAAUUUUUCUUUCACGUGUUACUUGACAGAAGUCAAGUAUUUAUUUUUAAAUAAAAACAAAUUUUAAAGCAAUGGCAAAGUCAACCAGAAGCAAAUGGAAGAGGAAAUGCCGGGCAAUAAAGCGAGAACGCUAUGCAGUAAAAGAACUGGCCCGUUUAAAGAAAAUGUUAGGCAUUAAAGAAGAAGAAAAAGUUAACGAAAAUGAGGUUAUGGAGUCUGACCAAGUUAUAUUUUUGGAUGCAGGAAAAAUUGGUAAAAAGAAGAAAGAGGAAAAGCCACCUGAAGAGGAAGAAGACGUUGAAAUGAGUUCAGAUGACGAAAAAGUAGAAGUCGCCGCCGAUAAUGGUAAAAAACGGAUCUUCAGCACGAAAACAUUAAAAGACCAAAACGGCCAGUAUCCAGUUUGGCUGCACAAGCGAAAAGUUGCGAAAUUAACUCAAACAAAAAAAGGUUUAAAGAAAAAAUCAAAGAAACGUCGACGGUAGUUAAGUCCCAUAGGUGUAUAAAAAAUGUGUUUUUAUUUAACAAUAUUUUACCAGUUCAAUUGCUACAAAGUGCAUCAAUGUUUUUAUGAAUGUGGUUAUACAAAAAAGACCUGCUGAAGGUUGAAAAAUGUACUAUAAACGUAAAAUUCCAAACCACAUUACCUAUUCCUUACAUUUCAUGUAAGAUAUGUUUCUAAGUAAAAAAAUAUAGUCUUUAAAUUAACAA